AUGACUCUGUUGUAUUGGUCAACAGUUGAGUUCUCCCUCGGGAUGACCCUCCCUCUGGUUCUUGGGGACUAUUGGGACUUGCCUGAAUGUGUUGGAAUUGAAGAAGAGUUCUAUAUACAUGCGAUGGACGCAAUCACUCACAGUCUUGACCCUGCAACUGUCGCAGAUGGUUCACCACUGCAAAUUUGGGGCUGGCCCCAUGUGCAGCUCGCGACUAGGUCGGAUCAUUCCAUUCAUCCCUCUGCUCCCCAGUGCUUAUCGCCUUCGCGUCUGUGCUGGUUUGGACUGCUACGCACUGCGUUGUGCUUUGGUUUGCUGUUUAGACUGCAUGUAUCCAUAUAA